AUGUCUUUUCCUUUGUCCUACGCACGGUCCCGCGUCUUCAACCCGGCGACGCUACCCGCUAGUGUCCGCCGGUUCUACGCCCAGGACAUGGCGCACACGGAUGCCUUGCUAGCCGCCCACUUCCCGUCGACGGGUCCCGGCUCGCACUUCAGGGUCCUCGCCUUCGACGUCGAGUACACCGGCCGGAAGCACAGCGAUGUUGCUAUCAGGCCGAUGUCUAUACCGCUUCCGCGGACGCAGGAUCACUUCAUCCGUCUCCUCACGAUCGCCCGCGAUGGAGUCGUCAUCGCUUUCGAUCUGUUGGUACUCGCGGGUGUACCGGCGCGAUUGAUUGAGAUGUUGCGCGAUCCCAACAUCAUCAAAGUCGGCGUCGAGCUCAAGGGCGACUCGAUCCUCCUCCUUCGUCACUUCGCGGUCCCCGUUCACAACGGGUGGGAGAUUAGUCAGCUCUGGAAGAGCAUGCAUCCCUCCAUUGAAGUGGCUCCUCUCACCACCCACAUCUCGCUCGACGACAUGGCGCGCAUCGUUCUCGGCGUCAAGGUCGACAAGCUUCAGCAGACUAGCGACUGGUCGGCGCCUGCGUUAUCCGUCGAGCAGAUCGAAUACUCCUACCUCGACGCUUACAUCCUCGUGCCCAUUAUGCACGUUGUGCUGCAUGAGUACGAGAUGGGCGUGUGGCCUCACUUCACCGCUAGUUCGUUCUCUUUCAACGCCGACUUCGUCGUGGACGGAGCUAUUGUUCCCCCUGGACCUCAAACUCUCGGUAGCGAUAUUCGUGUCUGGGGCGUCGGAGAUGUUGUUCCCAGCGGUGGGGGUGACUGGACGCCGCGCCACGCUGUAUUGGAUCGCUACAACGCCUCCAUAUACACAUCAUUGUUAUUAUUUCUUUUGUAG